UGGAUUGCUGAGUUCAGACAACGUACGUUUUAGUAAACUAGCAUAAUCUUUUCAUUACUUUGUCUUACAGUUACGGGAGCUUAAACUACGACUUUAGCCGAGACAAAACUUCAUAAUGCCAAAGAACAAAUCAAAGGCAAAAAAUAGAAAGAGAGCGGGGGCGGCGGGAUGCGGAUCCUCCAAUCAGCAACAGUUACCAGAAAACACUACACUUGAAAGACAGUUUGCCGGAACUUCAAACCAGGGAUGCGGAUCUUCCAGUCAGCAACAGUUCCCAGAAAACUUUCGAAAUGAAACACAGAUUACAGGAACUUCAACUCAGGGAUACAGAUCAUCCAGUCAGCAACAGUUACCAGGAAGCAACCAAAAUGAUAACAAGCCACAGGAAACGUCAAAUCAGGGAUGCGGAUCCUCCAGUCGAAAACAGCCGCCAGAAAACACACAAAUUGAAAGCCAGCUCUCAGGAACUUUCUGGAAGGAAAUAACAGAGACCCUCAAAGUAGUCCCCAGCUUUCCUUCAGAGCUAGAACAGUUUAAUCCACUCACAAAAUGCACACAAGGGCACCCAAAACUCGUUUCUCAAUUUCUUCUAUCUGGCCUGAAAGGGCUUCUGAUAAGAGGGCAAGAGGUUGCCUCUACUAAAGCUGACACAUCGGAAAAAGUGCACCAUGGGUGUGUGUUUCUGCCAGCCCCUGCUUUCGACAAGGUCAUUCUAUUGAAAAGCAUUUCUGAUAUACACAGAUUCGAUGAUGCAAAAAGAAAGCAGGUGUGUCCUCUAAAAACCAAGCGGAUCAUUGACGCGCUUAUCGAUCAGGCUGGGGAGCUAAGGCAACUUAUGGGACCAGAACACGAGCUCAUUUUAAUUAUCUGGGGAAAAACUCCUUCUAUGGCAAAACACGUCCAUGACAGUUUACAAAACCAUGAGAAACAACUCAAAACCGGUUGGUUCUCCCAAAUUGAAACUGUCAACGACAAAAAUCAGGACCAAAUAGGCAAAGUAUUGGAAAGACUUGCUAUUCCACGUUAUCAGCACGUUUCCAGACCAUGUACUCCAGUUAUGAAUAGUUACAAUAAGGAAGUUGCUAGGUACAAACUGCGUACCCAAAAGAUUCUUUGCGGUGGUGGUAAUGAAAUAUCUCUUCACGACAAAGAAGAAAUUUCCGAACUUUUUGACUUCUAUUUUAAAGAUCGAGUUAGUAAAUUAUGCUUUGUUCCCGACAUUGACCUUAUUUGCGAUAAUCUUCUCUAUAAAACCACCGAAGACGGAAAGUUGAAGGGGCUGGCAGAAACUGGGUCCUAUAUAGGUGAAGUUACAAAUUUCAUUUGCGAUUACCUUUCAAAGCAGCCUUCAGCUAAAGGAAUUAUGCUUAAAAACUACAGCAGCAAACAUUUUGCAAGUCUGCUUGAUGAAAUAUCUGUGCACCCGGGCGAAUUUGAAACUGACUGGCUCUAUAUUGGCAAAGACACAAUAGUUGCGGUUGAAAUUGGACUGAGUGACCCGGAAGCCAAAUCAAAUUAUUCCUUCUAUCAAACCGUCAAAAACAAAUUAAUUCAAGUUCUUGAGAGAACAAUACCGCAUUUACAAUCAAUUAUUUAUAAUCUGACUAAAUCAUUAGACGAUGAAAACAAAGAUAACGUUAUUGAAAUUAUUACAAAGAGAUUACAGGUUGUCGUUGUUUUACCAAAUAUAACUGCAGCCCAGUUUCAGGAAGCACUCGAAAAUUUGAAAGAAGAAUUACACAACACUCAAUCGAAACUUUCAAAGCUACUGAAAUACAACGAAAAAUUUUGGUCUCAAGGUUUAUUUUUUGCUCCUCAAUUUGAUUCUUACUUUUUCAGCAUUGACAAAAACCUCAACCCUUAUCUUAUAUCACAAACAGGUACUGAUUCUUCCACCUCAGACGUUUAUUCUCACUUAUUUUCAGAAUUAUCACCCGAAAGAAUUUCUGAUUUCGGUAGUUCAAAAACAGAGAAUGAAUCUCAGUUAUUUCGAGACAUAUCAGCUCUGAUAGUUUUGUCCAGUCUGAAUUUCAUGAAAUUUUGGCCGGAUGAGAAGGAGGACCGCGAUGUUGACAAAAGAUACCAGAAAAGUUUCAGUAUUUGGAAGUCUAAACAAGACAACUUGACUUACAAUGGCAAUGAUUUCAUCCUGAGCCCAGAACAGCACCGUAUUCUAGCAAACGACAAACUGACCCGUCUGUUAAUUAGUGGGGAGCCUGGAAGUGGGAAAACAUCGCUUUUGUUGGCUAAAUGUCGACUGCUAGCUGAACAUAACGAAGUUCAUGUGAUUUUUUUUGUUGUCAGAAAAACAAAAAAACAGUUCCUGGAAUUUUUACGAACAAUGAUCAAGGACCAUGGAAGUGAGACGUUGAGACGAAAACUUGUGAUACUUCCUGUAGAUGGUGAUUACCACACUUCAAUAAGACACUACCUCUC